UGGAAGUAAGUCUAUUGAAGAGCUGUGCCUUAAAUUUGUGCGGUAAAUCAGCAGAACAAUGGAUCGACACACUGAACGGAAACAAUACUCAUCACUCGACAUCAUCGAACGUUUGUUGGACAAAACUACCCUAACAACUCAGCGUGUGACGCACGGCCACAUCAUUGACAUUGGCGAAGGCGUUCUGAGGAGUCAGACAAGUCACGUGACCUAUGACAACCAGAAAGAGAUCGAUCUAGCUGUGGAAACUGCCAAGAAAAAAGCGGCCAAGGAACUGCAAGUAGCUUUGCGGAAACUGCGAGAGGACUUAGAACUAGAUAAGAAGCUGGCCUUACAGACGCAGAAAGAGUAUUACGAAAAGCGGAAUAAGCGAGUGGCGGAACAGAGAGAUCGGGCUGAAGAAGAAAGAGUGAGAGAAUUAACGAAGAAAUACGCGCUGGAGAAGGAUUUGGCGUUAAAAAGACAGUUUCAAGAAUGCGAGGAGGCCAAGCGGUUGGCUGUCAUGGCUGCGACUAAAGCUCUAAAGGACCAGAUGUUCGAGGAGUUCGCAGAGGACCAGCGAUUGGCUGUGGCUGCUGCGGUCGCAGAGGAGAAGGAAAGGGCUCUCCAGCGUGAAAAAGACGCUGUGGACAGGAUGAAGUGGAUGUGUGAACAGGCGAAGUUUAAAGAGCUGGAAAUCAUUAAUUCUAGGCACCAAAAAGAAGUCAACCGUCUAAACGACACGUACAAAAUACUCCAAGAAAGAUACAUGGAUGCCUUCAACCACUGCAGACGAAUUGAACGAGACUUUAAGGAACUACAAGACGAUUAUAAGCGGUUCAUGGACUACACGGACGGAAAGUUUCACUCGGACUACCUGAUGAAUUUGCGUCGUCGUGGGCUUCAGCUGGCGAACAAGGAGAUACUUCGCUACAUUCCCGAUGAGGACAUUGCUAAGUUACUCGACACGGACGUGUUCAGUGAUAGUGCUGAUUGACUCAGUUUUUACACAGACUGUAGUUGGCCAUAGGCCUAAAUGAAUGGUGCUUCCGGUACAAAGCUAGUACCACCAACAGCUGUACAGUUACUGUUGUUAGCGGGGUGUACUGCAGCCAUUACACGACUGAUAGCAUGCUUGUCUCAGAACAGAAUAACACCGGUCAGAUUGGAAUGGACACUUACGUCAUUAUAGGUGUCUUCGGUAUCACAUCUCAAACGGUAAAAUGUGACAUCUAUCUCAUUCAAAGGUAGGCUGCAAAUAGACCACACAUUGUGGUAUAAUAUGGUUGCGGUCAAAUCUGACUAUAUGGUUUGUUUUUUCCUUUGCAAUGACAGUUUGUGGGCAAACUGGUUAUCUAUUAGGCCAACUCAUACAUGUUCAUGUGAGCUUGGACCCGAGUUGCAAUUGCGCAAGAGAGGGUUCUUUAUUUAUUUAUUUGAUUGGUGUUUUAAGUCGUACUAAAGAAUAUUUCACUUAUACGACGACGGCCAGCAUUAUGGUGGGUGGAAACCGGGCAGAGCCCGGAUGAAACCCACGACCAUCCGCAGGUUGCUGGAGGGCUUCCCACGUACGACCGGAGAGAAAGCCAGCAUGAGCUGGACUUGAACUCAGAGCGACCGCAUCGGUGAGAGACACCUAGGUCAUCAACUGAGCCACGGAGGCCCCAACAGGGUUCCUCAUAAACACCCGUAAAUUUUUGACUACUCAUAACUGCGUUCGCCAUUGAUUGGCUUGUUUCAGCACUUUCAGCGCUACUUCCGUCAAAUCAUGUCGAUGUCCCAGAGAAACUGGCCAGUCCUAUUGUUGACACAUAUACGAUGCUGUCUCACUGAAAUGCCACGCUGAAGACACCUGACAUGACGUCGUUUCCAGUCACCGUAUACUAAGUCCAGGUCAAUCAGUACCUGCAAUAUCCCACAUACCCUCAGGCAUUGUAUAUGAUAGGGUAAAAGUCUGACCGGAUUUUCGGCUACAACCAGACAAAACAGACGCUCCACAGUCCUGGCCACCGCUGUUGUGGUUUACCAAUCGGAUGAACGGGUCUCAGUGUAAACGACUGUAAAUGUUCUUCAUUCUUGGUGGUUUAAAUAGUCAACAAAAUCAGUGGUGCUAUGCAUGAACAUAUUAAUAUCCUAUAAUUCAAGGAGGUAGUAAUUCCGUUUCGCGACUAAAGGACAACUGAACAUUCCACUAGACGAUAGCAGAGCUUGGCAAAGGGAUAUAUAUGUAGGCCCGCGCCCGGAACUUCCGGAGUAGUGUAAUAAAAUAGAUGAUUUUACAACACAUUUUAUAAUGUAGUUAUGAUCUCUUUUCUUUUGGAAUUCCGGAAUAGGUUUCCACUACUCGAAACACAAACAUCUCAUGCCAUUAUGUACGAUAAAAAAAAUCCUUAUUAGAAAC